CCUGGCCCCCCCCAACCCCCCCGGACAGGACCCCCUUGAGCUCGUCCCUCGGCUGCCACCAUGAGCGACCAAGAUCACUCCAUGGAUGAAAUGACAGCUGUGGUGAAGAUUGAAAAAGGAGUUGGUGGCAAUAAUGGGGGCAAUGGUAAUGGUGGUGGUGCCUUUUCUCAGGCUCGAAGCAGCAGCACAGGCAGUAGCAGCAGCAGUGGAGGAGGAGGAGGGCAGGAAUCCCAGCCAUCCCCUUUGGCCCUCCUGGCAGCAACUUGCAGCAGAAUUGAGUCACCCAAUGAAAACAGCAACAACUCCCAGGGCCCAAGCCAGUCAGGGGGCACAGGUGAGCUUGACCUCACAGCCACACAACUUUCCCAGGGUGCCAAUGGCUGGCAGAUCAUCUCUUCCUCCUCUGGGGCUACCCCUACCUCGAAGGAACAGAGUGGCAGCAGUACCAAUGGCAACAAUGGCAGUGAGUCUUCCAAGAAUCGCACGGUCUCUGGUGGGCAGUAUGUUGUGGCUGCCACCUCCAACCUACAGAACCAGCAAGUCCUGACAGGACUGCCUGGAGUGAUGCCUAAUAUUCAGUAUCAAGUAAUCCCACAGUUCCAGACCGUUGAUGGGCAACAGCUGCAGUUUGCUGCCACUGGGGCCCAAGUGCAGCAGGAUGGUUCAGGUCAGAUACAGAUCAUACCAGGUGCAAACCAACAGAUCAUCACAAAUCGAGGAAGUGGAGGCAACAUCAUUGCUGCUAUGCCAAACCUACUCCAGCAGGCUGUCCCCCUCCAAGGCCUGGCUAAUAAUGUACUCUCAGGACAGACUCAGUAUGUGACCAAUGUACCAGUGGCCCUGAAUGGGAAUAUUACCUUGCUACCUGUCAACAGCGUUUCUGCAGCUACCUUGACUCCUAGCUCUCAGGCAGUCACGAUCAGCAGCUCUGGGUCCCAGGAGAGUGGCUCACAGCCUGUCACCUCAGGGACUGCCAUCAGUUCUGCCAGUUUGGUAUCAUCACAAGCCAGUUCCAGCUCCUUUUUCACCAAUGCCAAUAGCUACUCAACAACUACUACCACCAGCAACAUGGGAAUUAUGAACUUUACCACCAGCGGAUCAGCAGGGACCAACUCUCAAAGCCAGACACCGCAGAGGGUCAGUGGGCUGCAGGGAUCUGAUGCUCUGAACAUCCAGCAGAACCAGACAUCUGGAGGCUCACUGCAAGCAAGUCAACAAAAAGAGGGAGAGCAAAACCAGCAGACGCAGCAACAACAACAAAUUCUCAUCCAGCCUCAACUAGUUCAAGGGGGACAGGCCCUCCAGGCCCUCCAAGCAGCCCCACUGUCAGGGCAGACCUUUACAACUCAAGCUAUCUCCCAGGAAACCCUCCAGAACCUUCAGCUUCAGGCUGUUCCAAACUCUGGCCCUAUCAUCAUCCGGACACCAACAGUGGGGCCCAAUGGACAGGUCAGUUGGCAGACUCUUCAGCUGCAGAACCUCCAAGUUCAGAACCCACAGGCCCAGACAAUCACCUUGGCCCCAAUGCAGGGUGUUUCCUUGGGGCAGACCAGCAGCAGCAGUACCACCCUUACACCUAUUGCCUCAGCUGCUUCCAUCCCUGCUGGCACAGUCACUGUGAAUGCUGCUCAACUCUCCUCCAUGCCUGGCCUCCAGACCAUUAACCUCAGUGCAUUGGGUGCUUCAGGAAUCCAGGUGCACCAGCUUCCAAGCCUGCCCUUGGCUAUAGCAAAUGCCUCAGGUGAUCAUGGAGCUCAGCUUGGCCUCCAUGGGGCUGGUGGUGAUGGAAUACAUGAUGACCCAACAGGUGGAGAGGAAGGAGAGAACAGCCCAGAUCCCCAACCCCAAGCUGGUCGGAGGACCCGGCGGGAAGCAUGCACCUGCCCCUACUGUAAAGAUAGUGAAGGAAGGGGCUCUGGGGAUCCUGGCAAGAAGAAACAGCACAUUUGCCAUAUGCAAGGCUGUGGCAAAGUAUAUGGCAAGACCUCACACCUACGGGCACACUUGCGCUGGCAUACAGGCGAGAGGCCAUUCAUGUGUACCUGGUCAUACUGUGGGAAGCGCUUCACACGUUCGGAUGAGUUACAGAGGCACAAACGCACACACACAGGUGAGAAGAAAUUUGCCUGCCCUGAGUGUCCCAAGCGCUUCAUGAGGAGUGACCACCUGUCAAAGCAUAUUAAGACCCAUCAGAAUAAGAAGGGAGGCCCAGGUGUAGCCCUAAGUGUGGGCACUUUGCCCCUGGACAGUGGGGCAGGUUCAGAAGGCAGCGGCACUUCCACCCCUUCGGCCCUCAUCACCACCAACAUGGUAGCCAUGGAGGCCAUCUGUCCAGAGGGUAUUGCCCGUCUUGCCAACAGUGGCAUCAACGUCAUGCAGGUGGCAGAUCUGCAGUCCAUUAAUAUCAGUGGCAAUGGCUUCUGAGAUCAGGCACCCGGGGCCAGAGACAUAUGGGCCAUACCCAUCAACCCUGGGAUGCAAGGUAGCAUGGGUCCAAGAGACAUGUGGGAGAGAGAGAGCCGUGAGGCAUUAAAAAUGCAUGGUGGUGGGAAGAAUUGGGGGAGGGAUACAAGAGAAGAGAUGGGGUCCUGGCAUCCACCUGUAUCAUCAGUACCUCCUUGAAGUGGGAAACAUUAGUGAAAAUUCUGUUGGUGCCACCCUUUGAUGAGCAUUUGUUUGACCCCAAACAGUUUCUUAACACUUCUUACCCCAGUCUCCACUUCCUGCAUUUCCCUUCUCAGCUCCCCCAUGAUGGAUCCCCCCUUUCCUAAAGCCAUCAUGCCUUGAUAAAUAUAUAUGAUCAUUGAAAUACUUUUUAACAAAAAGCAGAUUCUAUAUUAUAUAUAUAUAUAUAUAUAUAAAAGAUAUAUAGAGAUGCAUUUGCAGGGGUUGGCUGGGAGGAGGAAGGAGACCAUUCUGUGACCAAAAUAACUUGGUCAUUUUUUUUUUAUAUUGCCUUAUUUCCUUAUGGCUGAGCCUUGUUGUGACACAUCAAGAUUUUCUAUAGAUGUUGUCUUGGCUUCCCACCAGAUUAAGCAUUUAUAUGCUCUGCUUUUAGUUUAUAUAUACAUACAUAAUGUUUUCCUUUCUUAAUUUUGUCUUUUAAUUUGGGAUCAGCUUCUUGCACUCCUUCCUUGACUCAACCAUUUCUGUCUCCCCUUCUCUUACCUGAUCACUUCAUGCUUUGUUUUUGGUAGUGGUCCCUGGAUGAGGCACUUCUGUCGUUCUUUUAAAGUCCCUAGUCCCAGCAGCAGAAUAGAGUAGCCUUGAAGCUCAGGCAAAUGCUUGAGGUAGCUGUGAAGAGAGUGUUCAAAAUACUACUGACGCAGGCACCCUCUUGGCGCUGGAGAGUCAAAGGCACCUCUCUCUUCAUUAGCUGCUCUAAGCAUCAAGAAUCAGAAGUCCUUCUACGAAAUUGUACAAGAGACCCUUUGAAGGUUAUAAUCUGGGAUCAGUUUAUAUAAACUGUGAAAAGAUGGUCAAAUAAUAGGUAGGGGCUUUCAAUAGGAAAAUGAUGUGCUCAGAAGCGGAAGUGACUCAAGUAGUCCAGUUCAGGAGUUAGUGGAUUAUUUGGACCUUUGUACAACUGUCUUCCAAGGUAGCUCUCAGCUUUGAUGUGUGGGCUUCUGAGUUCACAUUCUGAAAGGAAAUACACUUCCUCUUUUGAACAUCCCCAGUAGUUUCUUUCCCAUUAUGUUAUUAAGGAGCAUCAGCCAAUGAACCUGUUCUGGGUUUCCAUUCUGCAAAACUCCAGAGCAUGGACCAGUGGCAAGGCAGUGGUUCUUUGAUCUUUUCCCUUAACUCUUCCUUGGGUGGUUCCUAAGGGGAAAGGAAGCACACACGAUCAUGGGAAUGAUAGCCCAGAACAAAAAGAAAUCUUGUCUUACCACUGUGGUUUAUAGGAGAGAUCAGGAAAAAACAUCCUGCUUUCUCCGUGGCCUGAUUGCUGAAGAGACUGAUCCAAAAAUUAUAGCGGCAGGGAACUCUUAGUGCAUUUGGCACUGAGAUUUAAAUGCAACCAGAGUUGUCCUCAAGGCCCAGCCAUUAAAACAUUGUCUCUCUCGACCUUCUGGUAUCUUGUCAGAGAGCUUUUCACUGUGAGGAAGUGUGGAAAUGGCUGUGUGUAUGUGUGUAAUCUGUUAGGUUGGGGAUAGGUUUUCUGUUAGCCAAUACUAUAAGAGACCUGCAAUAAAAAAUUACCCUAAUCUGAUAGAAAGUGAAGUGUUUGUGUAUGACUGUGUGUGAAUGUGUGUUUGUGCCUGUAUAUAUCUACACACAGAUGAGAAAUUAAUAUUUGAAAUUGUUGGAAAAUAAAUUCAGAUCAAAUGCCUUUCAGGCCCAUUACCUAGAAAUCUAUCUUAAAACCUGGGUAUGUUCCUGAGGUCAUUUCUUUGCUUUUGCUAAAUUAGUUACAAUUAUGAAUGGGGGAUAUUCUACUGCACUUUUAAAAGAAGAAACUAUUUUUGUGUUUGAAAGUGAAACCAACAUCUGGAUUUAUAGCAGAGUCCUAGUUCCUUUCAUGAAUCUAUUUACCUUGACUACAAAUAGAUGAUGCUAUAAUUCUACUAUAUAUUUUAUAUAAAAUCUAUCCGAAUUAGGGUUUGGGUAAGUUUGUGUUGUUGUUUAACCUGAAAUACAAUAACUUAACAUUCUAAACAAAAGUUUACUUCAUUUGGUCCUUUCUCUGCAGACUUAAUACUGUUUUUAACACAGGAAGUAUUGCAAGGAACUUUUCCCCAGAUCAAAUUCUAUUAAUACUGUAGCAGUUAUCCAUGCCCAGAAGUAGAAGUUAUCCAUGCCCAGCCACUUAUCGCACCCUUUGUUCCCUCUGAAAGGCAGAACUCAGAACCUGUUAUUUUAUGUCUGUAAUCAUGUUCAUAGGCAUCUUCUGGAGAAAAGGGGCAGGAUAACUCACUGAAGUGUGUAGUAUUUUGCUAGAGCAUUUCAAGGAAUGGAAUCUUCCCCAGUAUGAAGUUAUUAGAUAUAAACUAGCUUAAUGAUGCUGAAGCCUACAAGCUUUUAGAAGGUUAUUUGAUGAUGUUUUUCUCUGGAAUGGAAUGCUGGUUUACCCUCAACUCCAUUCAUUAGCACGAGUGAAUUUAUAUCCAGUUCUUUCCACUUGCCCUAUUUCCUUCUCACCAAGGAAGCUCCAGAUCCAGUAUCUUGUUUGGCCCUAAAACUGAAGCAGCUUCUGCUUUUGUCUCCCAGCAGCAGUAAGUCACUCAGUCUUUUCCACAGGAAGUUAGGAGCCCACAUUCCUUGAGUCAGGAGUUUAUUGAUGAAAGUCCCUUUCCCUGAACUUUUUGCCAGAAGAAAUUAAUGUAACUGACAGGCUAUUGAUUCUAAAUUUUUUUCAAGAGUUGCUUUUUUAUUUAACCUUUUAAUGACCAAAUCUUGUGGGGUGCGGGGUGCCCAGAGGACUGGUAAUAUUAUUCCCUUGUCCGUUCAGGUUGCCCAGUCACAUUUAUCUGCUUAUCAUUUGACUGUCUGACUUUUUACCCAGAGCAGUAACAGCCCACACCAUCUUCCUUCAGGGACUUCCCAACUGGCACCCUGUUUGUGGGUGCUAUGCAGAAUGCAAUUUAACAGACAUUUCUCAGAGUUCAGAAUAGAUAGAACUCUUGAUCCCAGAAAGUAUAGACUGAAGUGUGGGGUAAAGAUUAUGAUUGGGGGAGGGUUAGAGACAAAGGCUGUAAAUUACUAUGGCUGAUUGAUUUUAUUUCUACUAUAUACAUAUAUAUAUUUUUUGCUUUUGUAUAUCCUAUAUAGGAAACUAAGCAUUGUAUUUUUUUAACAAAUCUGAGAAAGCACUAUGAACUGCAGAUGUUUGACUUCAGAAUAUAUUUUGUAUUGUUAAUAUCUUCACAUUGUGUGAAUACUGGAAGCUGCAGAUCUUUGCUAGGACGCAAUAAAUUUAUAUACCUUUUGAGGGGUUCUUCUGAGGGUAUUAAUCAGGCCCCUUUUGUGCUUUGGGGGAGCCCUGGUGCUAGUUACUUAAAGUUUUCAUUCAAUUGUAAGUACCCUGAUGCCUUUUGGACCUUGGGAUCAGAUCAAAGGAGUUCUGAUCCAGGUACCAAGGAAAUGAGGAUAGUCUAGCUGCCUCAAGUGAGGGGCCCUUUGCAUAACUCUCCUUUCCCCUAUUCAAAGCUGAGUAGCCUCUUGGAGUUGGGAGGAGAAAUGUGAAAUCUCAGAGUUUCAUCUCCCUUAGAAGAGAGCCAGUAACUUAUGUGCAAGGAUGAAAGGUGGCAGCAGUAGCUUUGGGGAAAGGGAGGAGGAUAUGGCACUUCUCCAAUCCCGGAAGACAUUGCUUUUGAAAACUGCUGAUAAAGUAUGGGUAGGUUAUUACUUUUGUUUAGGAGCCUGUGUGCUCUGUGGUGCCUCUCUUGGCUCUACUCCUGGGGUACAGACCUCAUCUAGGAGGAUGAGCAGACCAGCUUUGAGGUUGACCUGUUUCUUUUCUUUGUCUGCCUUCCCUAAACACCAGCCCCCAGGAGGACAUGAAGCAGCCUUAAGCUUAAAUUCCUACUCCCUCUUCCAGAUUUAGCUCACUUGCCUUAGAUUGGAGUCUGGGAAAGGGAAAAAAAUGGGAGUCCCUGGCUUUAUUCCCCUCCUAGGUCUUCUCUAGUUUGACUUCCCCGAACCCAAAAAGAUUUCCUCCCCAAUGUUCAUUUGAGGGAAAUGAGUAUUUUGUCCCAUUUUCUCCUUUCCUCAUUAUCAAACAACCCCAGCCUUCCAUGUCCCUGCUGAGCAAGAAGAGGCAUGGUGAUUGUCCCUCAGCUCCCUUCAGUAUCCGAAAAAAAGCAUAACAUAAGGGGCUGAGGCUGCCUGUGGUGAGGACCUUGUUGAUACCUCUCCUGGGGUGUGUGUUUUCCUCUUUCUCACCUUCAGGAAUUACACUGUGCCUUCUCCACAGAGGAAUGGGAUUCUCUACCCAGACCCCCACUUUCCCAGCAGCUGCUCUUGAACAGUGUGCACAAGGGCAAGUCUUCAUAUUUCUGAUCACUGCUUUCUCCCAGUGGCAUCCCAUAGCUUUCACCUAGAGUCUAGGGCACAAAGAUUUUGGGAAAACAUGCUGAGGUUGACCUGAGGAGACCACGUCUACACACACCAAUGGCAGCUGCUCCAGGGCCUGCUUCCUCUUCCCGAGUCUCUCCUCCUCUGGGAGGGAGGGGCAGUGCUCCAGUCUCUGGUGCCUAAAACAAGUUUAUUUCUCUCUCUUAACACUGUCAAUAACCAGUCUCCAUACCACUGUUGCCUUUUUUAAAUCUCUUAAUAAUCUCAUGCUGUGUUUGUUGUUGGUUCCAAUCCGAUUAUCACCGGGGCUGUGUGGGGAAAUAACUUUUAAAUGCUCUCUCAUCUCUCUUGCUCUUUUUUCUCCUUGAUCUUGUGUAUGUAUGAUGCUAAUCUCUUGUCUUAAUUUCUUCCUGCUCUUUUGUAUCUUCCUUUCUUGUCUCUCCCCCUACCUUUUGUCUCUGGGUGUUUUGGGGCUUUUUUUUUUUUUUUUUUCCUUUUUGUACAAAGAUUAGUUCAAUGUAGUCU